UCGAAUAGGAGAGGCGGGCCAGCGGAGGGAACGGAAUGGACGCGGGGGGUACCGCGCAGCUGAGGCGACGCGGCAUGGCGGCGAACUCAGGAGCUGGUCGCUGCCGGCUAAGCAAGGUGGGGGCUGGCCGACGGCCACCCCCAGCUCGAGUAAGGGUGGCUGUGAGGCUGCGACCGUUUGUGGAUGGGACAGCUGGAGCAGGUGAUCCCCCUUGUGUGCGAGGCCUGGACAGCUGUUCACUAGAGAUUGCCAACUGGAGGAACCACCAGGAGACUCUCAAAUACCAGUUUGAUGCCUUCUAUGGAGAGAGGAGCUCUCAGCAGGACAUCUAUGUGGGAUCAGUGCAGCCCAUCUUGAGGCACUUGCUGGAAGGGCAGAAUGCCAGUGUGCUUGCCUAUGGGCCCACAGGGGCAGGGAAGACGCACACAAUGCUGGGCAGCCCAGAGCAACCCGGAGUGAUUCCCCGGGCUCUCAUGGACCUCCUGCAGCUCACAAGGGAGGAGGGCAGCGAGGGCCGGCCAUGGGCUCUCUCCGUCUCUAUGUCCUACUUAGAGAUCUACCAGGAAAAGGUAUUAGACCUCUUGAACCCUGCCUCAGGAGACCUGGUGAUCCGAGAAGACUGCCGAGGAAACAUCCUGAUUCCGGGCCUCACUCAGAAGCCCAUCACUAGCUUUGCUGAUUUUGAGCGGCACUUCCUGCCAGCCAGUAGAAACCGGACCGUAGGAGCCACUCGGCUCAACCAGCGCUCCUCCCGCAGUCACGCUGUGCUCCUGGUGAAGGUGGAUCAGCAGGAACGUCUGGCCCCGUUCCGCCAGCGGGAGGGUAAACUCUACCUGAUUGACUUGGCUGGUUCAGAGGACAACCGGCGUACGGGUAACAAGGGUCUGCGGUUGAAGGAAAGCGGAGCUAUCAACUCCUCCCUCUUUGUACUGGGCAAGGUGGUGGAUGCAUUGAACCAGGGCCUCCCUCGUGUGCCUUACCGGGACAGCAAGCUCACUCGCCUGUUGCAGGAUUCUCUGGGUGGCUCAGCCCACAGCAUCCUCAUUGCCAACAUUGCCCCUGAGAGGCGCUUCUACCUAGAUACAGUCUCUGCGCUCAACUUUGCUGCCAGGUCCAAGGAGGUGAUCAACCGGCCUUUUACCAAUGAGAGUCUGCAGCUUCGUGUCUUGGCACCCGUUAAACUGUCUCAGAAAGAACUGCUAGGCCCAUCAGAGGCAAAGAGAGCCCGAGGCCCUGAGGAAGAGGAGAUUGGGAGUCCUGAACCUACAGCAGCUCCAGCCUCUGCCUCUCAGAAAUUCAGCCCCCUACAGAAGCUAAGUAACAUGGACCCAGCCCUGCUGGAGCGCCUCCUCAGCUUGGACCGUCUGUUGGGCUCCCAGGGGAGCCAAGGAACCCAUGGGCUGAACACCCCGAGGCGAGAGCAGAUGAUGCUUAUGAAGACCAUGGAAGAGAAAGAUUUGGAGAUUGAGAGGCUUAAGAUGAAGCAAAAAGAACUGGAAGCCAAGGUUUUGGCCCAGGAGGCUGUGGAUCCAAAGGAUAAAGAAAACUCUCCUGCAGUGCUCCGACCGCUUGCACGCCGCACAGUCACAGUAGCUAAGCCCCUCAAAAAGGCUGUGGUGAUGCCCCUACAACUGAUUCAGGAGCAGGCAGCAUCCCCAAAUGCUGAGAUCCAUAUCCUGAAGAAGAGAGGCCGGAAGAGAAAGCUGGAGUCCCUGGGUGCCUCAGAGCCAGAGGAGAAGGCUGAGGACUGCUGGGAGCUACAGAUCAACCCAGAGCUACUGGCCCAUGGGCGCCAAAAAAUAUUAGAUUUGCUGAACGAAGGUUCAGCCCGGGAUCUGCGCAGCCUGCAGCGCAUUGGCCAAAAGAAGGCCCAGCUCAUCGUGGGCUGGAGGGAGCUCCACGGCCCCUUCAGCCAGGUGGAGGACCUGGAACGCGUGGAGGGCAUAUCCGGGAAACAGAUGGAGUCAUUCCUGAAGGCGAACAUCUUGGGUCUCGCCGCGCGUCAUCGCUGCGACCCCUCCUGACUGCAGGCUCCUUUCCUCAUUUUGCCAUUUUU